CACGUUGAUUCCGAGGUGGGGAAACUAUGGUGGAUCCGUGUGCGUUCAUGCAGAAACGACCACACAUACACCCAUACAUGUCCACUGACCCACCUGUAACUCCAACAAUUAAUUAUUAAAGAACAUUAAGGAACCUCUCUGUGUCCUGCUGAUCAGAGCCCCUGUCCUCAAAGUGCUAUCAAGCCAGCACCUUCCCAGAGUACCCACUCACAUCCAGCACCCCUCAUAGUUUUCUGCCAAACAGCAGUUCAUAUGGAAAUAAUCCUGUAGAGGCAUGGGAAACCUCCUGCACUGCAAACAGAGGAUCUAGCCACCUAUCCCAAUUGCAGUCAUCCUUGUGCACAAACUGUAUAUCAAAACUGAGUGAAUGUGGUAUACAGGGUAACCAGCUGACAUUCAGGGUGCAUCAGGUGGGAGCUAAUCACGGCCUUGACACUAUGCCUUACCCCCGAUAUCUAAUUUCUACUGGCACAACAGGAUAUUUGUGAACGUCCCCAUGCACACACUUAUGAACCCAUGAUGCCUAACCAAAGACCGAGUCAAAUCAGGUUUUGGGGAACUAUAGACUUUGCACAGUCAGAAUCCACCAUUGCCCAAUGUACAGUAUACCACCUGGAUCCUUACUGGAAUGCUGGGGGCACUCUCUGAGGAAGUGUUGGCCCCAUUUCCAGCAGUCCUGCUUUGUGGAACCCCAGGUGAGUCAGGGGCAAUGUCCGUAGUGGCAGGAACCUGGGACAGAGAGAAAGAAGAUGGAGGAUAAGAGGAUUAGAGCAUUGAGGGGAGGGGAAAGUCUCUGGUGUGAGUGUGAGUCCUGGCUUCCUGUGGGAGGCUGGCAUUGGUCGGACAGCUGCUCGUGGCUGUACCUUUGCUCCAGGGCCCCUGGGGUGGAUAGUGAUCUUCCGCCUAAUGCAGUUGCCAGAUCCCCAAGGCAGUGGCACUCACCGCCCCCGCUGGCAGACCCUCCACAAAUUGCUCCAGUAAGCAAGCAAGUGGACCCCAAAGUGACACCAGUGAUUCAGCCCCUCAGACGUCUACCGCUUGCCCUCCGGGAUGGUGUUGCAGCCAAACUCUGGAUUUGUGUAGCUAGGAGCUCACCACUCUCUUCCAUGGCUCAAAGAACCCCGCCGUCCCAACCAGUUGAUCAGGAUAGGACCUGUGAAAGUCUGUGAUGAGGGAUGGAUCCAAAAUUCUGCAAGCAGGGACCCAUGAGUGCUCUUCAGGACCAUAGCCCUCCCAGUCAACCAGAUACUGCACUCCUCUUGAUUAGACGAUGGACUGUGAAUACAGGUGCCUCAUCAAUGGGUGGAGGCGAUCUGAAUGUGCCCAGCGACAGGAUUGAUUACUUGGGAGAUGGUGAAUGGACCCACAAAAUGGGGAGCCAAAUUCUUGGACUGUACACUGAGUGGGAGAUCGUGCAAUAGUAGCCAUACCCGUUGUCCAGGAGCAGUGGUGUAACAUAGUAACAACGGGCCCCAUUGCAAGCUUUUAUGACACACACACACACACACUGUAUGCGGUAUAUAUUACACAACAAUGUUGUUAUGCCCCAGUCUAGGGGUCCUAGGACAUAACAAGAUAAGGCCUUAUCUUGUUAUCUAACCACAAACAAUUUCUAGUUGUAUAUUCAGAAAACAAAAUGAUUUAUAUACAAAAGUAAUUUAAAUAACAAAAUUAGAUGACAAUAUAUUUUAACUGAGGUAUAGGCUUCAGGGUUGACUAAGGCCAAAAUAACAAACAAAAAGUUGCCUGUCUAGAAAAUAAUAAACCUUACCUAGUCAACCUUAAGGAAACCAAAUGACAGGAAAUGUACCUCCCUAACUAAAUAAACAGGAGAAAACGCUGCAACAAAACUGGCAGUCCACCCCUACUACUUAAACAAGAACUAAACUACACAAAAGGUCUACAAAGCUGAAGUGUGGCUGGUUGGGAGAUGAGGAGGAGGAUGAGGAAGUGCAUGCUGCCAUCUGCCAUGCUGCCAUUCUGCCCUCUGACGUCCACCAUAUCGGCUCCUUAUGUAGUGGUGGUGUACAGCCAAUCGAGAGCCAGGGCCCAGAACUCACAGCAGUGUGAAAUAAAAAUAAUGACUACAGUCAUAACAAUGUUUAUUUCACUUUGGCUAUUGUACUGGAAAGAUAGAAAGCAGAGGUCAAAGGGGAAGUGAUCAGAACCAUGGACAGCACUUGGUCAGAGUGCUGAGAGGUAAAAACUAUAGCUGUGCCUCAAUAGUCAAGGCUGCAAAUGUCCAUGGAUGAUGUGUAACAGUUAGGGGAUGAAGUAGGCCACAAGGAGUUGACCAUCUCUCUGUUUUCUUAUUACAAGGAUGUCCACCAGAAUCAUUGUCUAAGCAGGGCUAAGGUGUGUUUCAAACCUGGAUGACAAGCCACAAGACAAUCUGGCAGAGGAGAUAACCUUCAACAGACUGGAACCAUUUCUCAACUGCUGCUGGAAAUUAUGUCUUUGUGUUUACAUACACGUGUACAGAGUGUUAGGGAAGAAGAUGAUGAGUCAGUGGGGAACUGAAGGUGGAAGGUGAGAGGAUAAAAGGAGCAAACUGUGGAGCAACCAUCUACAUUGACAACCGCACAGGAUCAGGAAGGAUAAUGGGACAAGUGUUGUGGCUGCUGGCCUCUCUGGCCUCUGUGAUUUAUCUGGUUGAUGGUUCUCCACUGAAGGUGAUGUCUGCCCCAAAUGUGUUACGUGUAGGAACAACAGAGAACAUCUUUGUGGAGUGUCAAGACUGUACAGGGGGAGACAUACAGGUUCACAUCAACGUAAUGGACCAUCCAACCAAGCUGGUGACCACAUCUGUGACCCUUACCAGUGCAAAUAACUUCCAGGCACUUGGACAAAUAAAGAUCCCCGCUGAACAGUUUAGCAGGGACGCCACCCUGAAGCAGUAUGUCAACCUGCAAGCUCAGUUCCCUGACCGCCUGCUGGAGAAAGUCGUCCUUGUGUCCUUCCUGUCCGGCUACAUCUUCAUCCAGACUGACAAGAGCCUCUACACCCCUGACAGUAAAGUUCUUUACAGCCUGUUUGCAGUGACACCUCGUAUGGAGCCCGUGCAGAUUAAUGAGAUGAAUGACUUAAUUGACGUUGAGAUUAUGACUCCUGAAGGCAUCACUUUAGCUGUUGAUUCAGCCUCUGCAACAUCGGGAAUCCACUCUAAUGCUUUCAAACUAGGUGAAAAUGUCAGUCCUGGAGUCUGGAAAGUGGUGGCCAAAUUCUGCGACAACCGACAGCAGAGCUACACUGCAGAGUUUGAGGUCAAAGACUAUGUGCUGCCAGGUUUUGAGGUGAAGCUGAUACCUUUGAGCUCCUUCUUCUAUGAGGACAGUCCAGAUCUCCCUGUCAUCAUCAAAGCUUUGUAUCUGUUUGGUGAAGAGGUAACUGGCACAGCAUACGUGGUAUUUGGGGUUGUGCUCGAAGGUCAGAAGAGGAGCUUUCCAAACGCUCUUCAGAGAGUAGCGAUUGAAAAUGGUGCUGGAGUGGCCAAACUGAAGAGGGAACACAUCACACAGACCUUCCAAAAUAUCGACCAGCUUGUGGGGAGUUCCAUAUUUGUGGCAGUCAGUGUGCUGACAGAGAGUGGUAGUGAAAUGGUGGAGGCAGAGGUGAGAGGCAUCCAGAUCGUUAGAUCCCCCUACACCAUUCACUUCAAGAGAACACCCAAAUAUUUCAAACCAGGAAUGUCCUUCGAUGUUUCGAUUGAAGUUGUGAAUCCAGAUGAAACUCCAGCUCAAGGUGUUGCUGUGGUGGUGAAUCCAGGUGAAGUGAAGGUUUUGACUGCAGCUAAUGGCCUUGCAAAGCUUAUCGUCAAUACAGAGGCAAGAGCAUCAGAUUUGAGAAUCACUGCAAAAACCAGUGAUCCUCGUAUUUUAGCAGAAAGACAAGCAUCAGCCACCAUGGUAGCUCUUCCAUAUAAAAGCAUAAGCAACAGCUACAUCCACAUAGGUGUGGAUACAGCAGAGCUGCAGUUAGGAGACUAUCUGAAGAUCAACCUCUACUUGAACAGGCCGUCAAAUCAAGACACUGAUAUCACAUACCUGAUCCUGAGCAGAGGUCAGUUGAUCCAACAUGGCCGUUACAGGACAAGAGGACAAGUAAUAAUUUCCCUGACCAUUCCCAUCACCAAAGACAUGCUGCCAUCAUUCCGCAUCAUAGCCUACUACCAUCCAAAUGACAAUGAAGUGGUAUCAGACUCUGUCUGGGUGGAUGUCAAGGACUCCUGCAUGGGCUCGCUGAAGUUAGAACCAUUGAGACCUGCUGCAUCCUAUAAGCCUGAAAGUACGAUUGGUCUGAAGGUUACUGGAGAUCCAGGAGCCACAGUUGGACUGGUGGCAGUUAACAAAGGAGUCUCUGUCCUGAAUAACAAGCACCGCGUCACCCAGAAAAAGGUGUGGGACAUUGUGGAGAAAUAUGACACAGGCUGCACCCCAGGUGGAGGAAAGGAUGGUAUGAAUGUGUUCUACGAUGCUGGGCUGUUAUUUGAGUCCAGCACAGCUUCUGGAACUCCUUACAGACAAGAAAUAAAAUGUCCAGCCCCCAGAAGGAGGAGAAGACAAACCACUAUUAUGGACGUCACAAGCAGCUCAAGUGAGAUUGAAGACGACAGUUACGUGGACAGCAAUGAGAUAGUGUCUCGCACUCAGUUCCCUGAAAGUUGGCUGUGGACAGACAUCAUUCUGCCCUCUUGCAACAAACCCAGCUGUGCAUCUGUCAAAAACAUUCCUUUACCAGACUCAAUCACAACCUGGCAGUUCACUGGCAUUAGUCUGUCAACAACCCAUGGAAUCUGUGUCAGUGAGCCGUUAGAAGUGAUUGUCCGGAAGGACUUCUUCAUUGACCUUAUACUGCCCUACUCUGCUGUCCGUGGAGAGCAGCUAGAAAUUAAGGCAAUCCUCCACAACUACACCCCCGGUCUUAUCACUGUGCGUGUGGAUCUGACUGAGACGGAGGAUGUGUGCAGUGUAGCAUCUAAACGUAGACGAUUUCGUCAGGAUGUCAAUGUCGGGCCCCUGACUACACGAUCAGUUCCCUUCAUCAUUAUACCCAUGAAGUACGGACAAUUUAACAUUGAGGUCAAAGCAGCCGUGAAGGACCCGUCGCUCAAUGAUGGAGUCAUGAAGAUGCUGCGGGUGGUGCCUGAAGGUGUACUAAUUAAGUCUGUACAGACUAUAAUUCUAGACCCCUCACACAAAGGUGCUGGAGGUAAACAAGAAGAAACUCUCAAUAGUGGAAUUCCAAAGAAAGACUGGGUUCCUAACACACCUGCAAGCACACAGAUCUCUGUGACAGGGAGUGAAGUUGGUCCAUUGGUGGAGAACGUCAUUAGUGGGGAGUCAAUGACUUCACUGAUCCAGUUGCCACACGGCUGUGGAGAGCACAACAUGAUCCACAUGACUCUACCCGUCAUUGCAACCAUGUAUUUGGACAAAACUAACCAGUGGGAAACUGUGGGCGUUCAGAGACGGAAUGAAACCCUCCAGCAUAUCAGGACCGGCUACAAUAAUGAACUCGCCUUCCGUAAACAAGAUGGAUCUUUUUCAGCAUGGCCCAGGGCCAAAAGUAGCACCUGGCUCACAGCUUAUGUUGUCAAGGUGUUUGCCAUGUCCUACAACCUGGUGGAAAUGAAGAAGAAUGUGAUCUGUGACGCUGUCAAGUUUCUGAUUUCCAAUGCACAGCAACCUGAUGGCAUGUUCAGAGAAGUCGGAAGGGUGAUCCACAGAGAGAUGAGUGGUGAUGUGCAAGGCUCAGAUUCAGAUGCCUCCAUGACAGCGUUCUGCCUCAUUGCCAUGCAGGAGUCACGCAAGCUAUGUGCUGACACAGUUAGUAGUCUGCCUGGAAGUACUGACAAAGCCGUGGCCUACCUGGAGAGGCGUUUGUCCAGCCUCACCAACCCAUAUGCUGUAGCCAUGUCAUCAUACGCUCUGGCCAACCAAGACAAACUGAACAGAGAGAUCUUCUACAAUUUUGCUUCCCCAGAGUUGUCCCACUGGAAUGUUCCUAAAGGACCUGUUUAUACAUUAGAGGCCACAGCUUAUGCUCUUCUUGCUCUGGUCAAGGCCAAGGCCUUGGAAGAUGCUAGACCUAUUGUGAGAUGGUUCAACAAACAGCAGAGGGAUGGUGGAGGCUAUGGCUCAACUCAGGCUACGAUGAUAGUGUACCAGGCUGUAGCAGAAUACUGGGCCAGUGCACAAGAACAAGAGUAUGAUCUGUAUGUGGACAUCCAUUUGCCUGGCAGGCCCAAGCCAGAGAAGAUCAACUUCAACAGGAACAACCACCACACGACCAGAACCUCAAACUUCAAUGAUAUAAACCAGGAUGUUAAAGUGACUGCGACAGGAACUGGAGAAGCAACACUGAAGAUGGUGUCACUGUAUUAUGCUCUGCCAACGGAAAAAGAGAGUGACUGUCAGAAGUUUAACUUGUCAGUGGAGCUUAUUCCAGAGAAAAUGGAUGAGGAUGAGGUGAUAUACAAACUGAGAAUAGAAGUCUUAUAUAAGAACACGGAUCACGAUGCAACUAUGUCAAUCUUGGAUAUUGGCUUACUAACUGGCUUCACUGUCAACAAAAAUGACCUGGACUUGUUGGCCCAAGGACGCGCCCGUGCCAUUGCAAAAUAUGAGAUGAACACAGUUCUGUCAGAGAGAGGUUCAUUGAUCAUCUACCUGGACAAGGUUUCUCACACACAAUCAGAGGAGAUCACUUUUAGGAUCCACCAGACUCUGAAAGUGGGCGUCAUGCAACCAGCGGCUGUAUCUGUCUAUGAAUAUUAUGACCAAACACAAUGUGUGAAAUUCUAUCAUCCAGAGAGGAAAGCUGGGCAGCUUCUGAGGCUCUGUAGAGAUGAAGAAUGCACAUGUGCUGAAGAGAACUGCAGCAUGCAGAAGGGUAAAAUCAGCAAUGAUUUACGCACAGCUAAACCCUGUGAGAGUACACCUACCAGCAAAAUAGAUUUUGUUUACAAAGUGAGAGUGAAAGAAUUCACAGAUGGUUUGUCCACUGAUAUUUACACAAUGCGGAUAAUGGAAGUGAUCAAAGAAGGAAAAUAUGAUGUUGGUUCCCUGGGUAAAUAUCGCACAUUCCUCAGUUACCCUCACUGCAGGUGGGCUUUAGAUCUGGUUAAAGGCAAAACGUAUCUCAUCAUGGGCAGAUCGGAGGAUGUCAACCAACCGUAUCAGUAUGUGCUCAGUGAGAGAACCUGGAUCGAGUACUGGCCCACAGACGCAGAGUGUGGAACAGAUGAACACAGGCCAACAUGUUUGGGCUUGGAGGAGAUGGUCACGCGGUACACUCUCUUUGGAUGUGAGAUUUAGUGCAACACCAGAAUAUCAACUGUCUUUCUCACAUUGCAUUCUCUAUGCAAAACUUUAACUGUUGUAAGAUGUACGAGAUUGAAAAGUUAAUCUGUGCGAAAUAAACUGUAAAAUCUUCCUCUAA